AUGGCGAACCAGGGAGGUCGCGUUUACUACUGGGACGACUACACGAAUGACGACGACAGGCGAGCCAUGUGGGCUGAUCCCAAUGUUAAGCCGCUGUGGGAGAAGAGGCUCGACGCAACCGGGAAAGUUCCGUUCAUGAUGGAAAGAGUUGGCAAGAAGAUGGUGCCUUACCUCACGUCUGAAGAGAUGCACGCAGUGGCGUCGAUUAUCGAGUCGCGCCACUUCAGCGGGACUCGGCUGGCAGGGCUGGCGGGCAGUGAGGGGGAUUUGGCGGCGGCGAUUGCGCGCGUGGAGAGCGCGUGGCAGCCCUUGGCUUACCGCUUUGAAAACAAGCUUGGGGAGGCCAGCACUGGACUCAUGCAGGUGCUGCAGUCAACGGCAGAGUGGCUGGCGAGGGAAAUGGGGUAUCCGGCCUAUGCUGCUGAUGUGGCAUCCUCCAUGCUCUGCCGCCCAUUUGCCGGCGUCUAUUACGGCAUGGCGUACCUCGCAUGGCUCACCACGUACAAGGGCAUCGCACGCAGUGAGGAGUUUGUGGUGCACGCAUACCAUGGAGGGCCAGGGGGUUGGGAGAAAGAGUCUGCAGCAAGGCACUGGAGCAAGUACCUGCAAGCAAAAGAGGAGUUACUCCGCAUGCUGCACGACUCGUCUGCACCAUCCCUCCCGUCCACGCCAGCCCCGUCCCUGCCGCCACCCGUCCUUCCCCCGACCCCAUUGCGACCCACUCUUGAGGCGCCUCGCCUGCAAUCCAGCCAUGCGCUGAUCGCUCACCCACCACACACCCACGCUCCUGUGGUGGCGCCUGCACCCAUCUCCCAUCCAAACAGCUGCCCCUUCCCACAGCAAACUCCCUUCCCACAUGAGCCUCCUUUCCCACAGCAACCUCCUUUCCCAUCGGCGGCACAAGCCUCCUUCCCAUCACCCUUGCAGUCCAUCUUUCCAUCCAGCAGCUCAGAGCACUCAGGUCAUUUCAGCUUGAGCGUCAAGUGGGGCUUUAAGUCGGGUCGGGAAUGA